CGGGGCCGGCCUGGGAAUGCGCAGCAGACCGGCCGGACAGAGGCCGGGCGGGCCCUCGAGGGGGAGGCCCAGACGCCAUCUCCUUCGGCGAACCCCGGGGCCCACCGACCUCCCAGCAGCACCUCCCUUCCCCAGGGCCUGGCGACUGUCGGCCUCGCCUUCUCAGAGUGAAGUCAUGAAGGUGGUGAACCUGAAGCAAGCCAUUUUGCAAGCCUGGAAGGAGCGAUGGAGUGACUACCAAUGGGCAAUCAACAUGAAGAAAUUCUUUCCCAAAGGAGCCACCUGGGACAUUCUCAACCUGGCAGAAGCACUUUUGGAGCAGGCCAUGAUUGGACCUUCCCCUAAUCCUCUCAUCCUGUCUUAUCUGAAGUAUGCCAUUAGUUCCCAGAUGGUGUCCUACUCUUCUGUUCUCACAGCUAUCAGUAAGUUUGAUGACUUUUCCCGAGACCUGUGUAUUCAGGCUUUGCUGGAUAUCAUGGACAUGUUUUGUGACCGACUGAGCUGUCACGGCAAAGCAGAGGAGUGCAUUGGGCUGUGCCGAGCCCUUCUCAGCGCCCUCCACUGGCUGCUGCGCUGCACCGCGGCCUCUGCAGAGCGGCUCCAGGAAGGAGUGGAGGCCCGUACUCCAGCCACUGGGGAGAAGCAGCUUGCCAUGUGCCUGCAGCGCCUGGAGAAUACCCUCAGCAGCACCAAGAAUCGGGCCCUGCUGCACAUCGCCAAACUAGAGGAGGCCUCCUCCUGGACUGCCAUUGAGCAUUCGCUCUUGAAGCUUGGGGAGAUCCUGGCCAAUCUCAGCAACCCCCAGCUCCGGRGCCAGGCUGAACAGUGUGGCACACUCAUUAGGAGCAUCCCCACCAUGUUAUCUGUGCACUCAGAGCAGCUGCACAAGACUGGCUUUCCCACUGUGCACGCGGUGGUCUUGCUCGAGGGCACCAUGAACCUGACCGGUGAGACGCAGCCCCUGGUGGAGCAGCUGAUGAUGGUGAAGCGCAUGCAGCAUAUCCCCACCCCGCUUUUUGUCCUGGAGAUCUGGAAAGCCUGCUUUGUGGGGCUUAUUGAGUCUCCUGAGGGCACGGAGGAGCUCAAGUGGACGGCUUUCACCUACCUCAAGAUUCCACAGGUUUUGGUGAAGUUGAAGAAAUACUGUCAUGGGGACAAGGACUUCACUGAGGAUGUCAACUGUGCUUUUGAGUUCCUGCUGAAGCUCACACCCUUGCUGGACAAAGCUGACCAGCGCUGCAACUGUGACUGUACAAACUUCCUCCUCCAAGAAUGUAACAAGCAGGGCCUUCUGUCUGAAGCUAAUUUCGCCAACCUUGUAGCCAAGCGCUCAGCAGAUCGGGAACAUGCACCCCAGCAAAAGUCAUCAGAAAAUGCCAACAUCCAGCCUAAUCCCGGGCUCAUCCUCCGUGCAGAGCCUACUGUCACAAACAUUCUCAAGACGAUGGAUGCAGACCAUUCCAAGUCCCCAGAGGGGCUGCUGGGGGUCCUGGGACACAUGCUGUCCGGGAAGAGCCUGGACUURUUGCUGGCUGCUGCUGCUGCCACCGGGAAGCUUAAAUCCUUUGCCCGGAAAUUCAUCAAUUUGAAUGAGUUCACCACCCAUGGCAGUGGAGAGAGCACCAAAACAGCCUCAGUUCGUGCCUUGCUCUUUGAUAUCUCCUUCCUCAUGUUGUGCCAUGUGGCCCAGACCUAUGGCUCAGAGGUGAUUCUGUCAGAGUCAAGCACAGGAGCAGAGGUACCCUUCUUUGAGACCUGGAUGCAGACCUGCAUGCCAGARGAGGGCAAGAUCCUGAACCCUGACCACCCCUGCUUCCGGCCUGACUCCACCAAAGUGGAAUCCUUGGUGGCCCUGCUCAACAACUCCUCAGAGAUGAAGCUGGUGCAGAUGAAGUGGCACGAAGCUUGUCUGAGCAUUUCGGCUGCCAUCUUAGAAAUCCUCAAUGCCUGGGAGAAUGGAGUGCUGGCCUUCGAGUCCAUCCAGAAAAUCACUGAUAAUAUCAAGGGAAAGGUAUGCAGUCURGCCGUGUGUGCUGUGGCUUGGCUGGUGGCCCAUGUCCGGAUGCUGGGGCUGGACGAGCGUGAGAAGUCACUGCAGAUGAUCCGCCAGCUGGCAGGGCCACUGUAUAGUGAGAACACCCUGCAGUUCUACAAUGAGAGAGUGGUGAUUAUGAACUCAAUCCUGGAGCACAUGUGUGCAGAUGUGCUACAGCAGACAGCCACUCAGAUCAAGUUCCCAUCCACGGGAGUGGACACAAUGCCCUACUGGAACCUGCUGCCCCCCAAGCGGCCCAUCAAGGAGGUGUUAACAGACAUCUUUGCCAAGGUGCUGGAAAAGGGCUGGGUGGACAGCCGCUCCAUCCACAUCUUCGACACCCUGCUGCACAUGGGAGGUGUUUACUGGUUCUGCAAUAACCUGAUUAAGGAGCUGUUGAAGGAGACUCGGAAGGAGCACACGCUGCGGGCAGUGGAGCUGCUCUAUUCCAUCUUCUGUCUGGACAUGCAGCAAGUGACCCUCGUCCUGCUGGGCCACAUCCUGCCUGGCCUGCUCACCGACUCCUCCAAGUGGCACAGCCUCAUGGAUCCCCCCGGCACUGCGCUGGCGAAACUAGCUGUAUGGUGUGCCCUGAGUUCCUACUCCUCCCACAAGGGACAGGCAUCCUCCCGACAAAAGAAGAGACACCGGGAAGACAUUGAGGAUUACAUCAGCCUCUUUCCCUUGGACGACAUGCAGCCAUCAAAGCUGAUGCGACUGCUGAGCUCCAAUGAGGACGACGCCAACAUCCUCUCCAGUCCCACUGACCGGUCCAUGAACAGCUCCCUCUCGGCCUCUCAGCUCCACACAGUCAACAUGAGGGACCCUCUGAACCGAGUCCUGGCCAACCUGUUUCUGCUCAUUUCCUCCAUCCUGGGCUCCCGCACCGCGGGCCCCCACACCCAGUUUGUGCAGUGGUUCAUGGAGGAGUGCGUGGACUGCCUGGAGCAGGGCAGUCGGGGCAGCAUCCUGCAGUUCAUGCCCUUCACCACYGUUUCAGAACUGGUGAAGGUGUCAGCCAUGUCCAGCCCCAAAGUGGUUCUGGCCAUCACAGACCUCAGCCUUCCUCUGGGCCGCCAGGUGGCUGCCAAAGCCAUUGCUGCGCUCUGAGGGACUUAGAGGGGCCACAGUGAGUGGCUAGGUUCCAGCCCAAGAGCAUUAGAUGGGAACAGUGAGGAAAGAUGAGCCAUUGUUGCUCAAAUCCACAUGAUGUGAGAACCCUUUGUCAGUUUCCAGAUUUUUGCUCCUCUCGGGACUUUCACAGUUUCUUUUAUGAUUUCCUCUCYCUUAUGCUAAUGCCUGAAGAGCGUGAGCAGCCUGGAUCUUCAGCCUUUGGUGUCCCCCACAUACCAGAAGUACACUUAGCCCUGAGGAACUUUACAGAUUCGUAUAUGUAUAUAAAUAUAUUUUUGUAGUAACUGAGGGAAAGCUYACUUGUAAAUAAAAGUGAGGACCCGUAAGGACGGGUCCUUUGUGCCUCUAGUACCUGUGUUGCCUGGAUCAGGACAGGGACUUCYCCUUGCACUCUUCCUGCUGGGCUGUGGCCGGGAGGGGCUCAAUCCUGUGGUGAGGAGGGAGGAGGAGAAGGAAGAGGUGCAGAGGCAGGCAGGACUCAGGUUCCCACUUGUCCACUCAGGAGGGCAGGGCAGGGCAGGGGAUGAGAACAGCUGCUUUCCACAGACUCGACUGGGGUGGAGAGGAGAGGUACGCCUUCCCUGCCCUGAGCCAUACCCUGAGAAGGGAGCCUGGGCAGAAGGCCAUAAGAUGCUGGGGCAAGGUGUCCUGCUCUUCUCUCAUGCCCCACCCAGUCUGAUUGACCCAUAAUUUGAUCUGUCCCCUUCAGAAAAAAGAGCAGGGGUGAUAAGGACAGGAACUCCUUAACCCUUUCUUGUUCACAACCCACUCUCCAAGCCUGGGGCAGAAGGCCCUGAGCCAUCCUGCAGGUGGGGAAGGGAAUGGAGGUGACUGAGGAGUCACAGGUGGGAGGUCUUGAGGAUGGUGGCUCCACUUGGCUUGGGGGGCACUCCCAAACCAGGCAGAGACCCUUCAGUUACAGGUGUGCCUCACACAUGUGGUAAGGAGGCGAGGACCCAGCCCUCCCUGGCCACAUCCCAACCCUGCCCUGGGACCUCUUCACCCGCAGGCUGAGCCAGG